GGGGGAAGCGAUGGGCGACUGAUCGGACCAGUCCAUUGAAGGAGAGCUUCGCUGAUAAUCGUGUUCGGAGGGAAUUGGACUUAGCGCCAUGGGACGUAGACAUGUGCUGGCUGACCGAUGCGAAUGAAUUAAAGUCGCACGAUGGAUGAUUGGGAAGGAGAUUCGACACGAGGGAGUCUGGUCCUUAUACUUCUCGGGCCAUCCCCUCGGGACAAGGGGGGAUGGCGGCCAGCCCGAUGGCCAUCCCGAAGGGGAAAGAAACCAGGCCGAGCAUCAGUGCAACAAGCCCAAGCUCACGGCGAGGGGCCGCAUGACAGGGGAGUGUGGAGAGCCGACGGUCGACUCAGGGUGUGAAGCUAUCCCGACUAUUGACGCCCUAAGCGGAGACGGACAGGGUCAAGCCACGGGCUUCUCCGCCAGACCGCCACGGAUCUGUUCGCAGUCCGCAGUUGUUCGGUGCCGGCGGGGCCGUAGUAGCGUGGCUGUGCAGCCCUAUUUUAUAGGCCUGAGGCGGCCAGGCAUGCAGAUAGUCGACAGGGAAGAUGGGAUGUACUGUACUGAGCAAGGUCUCGCGUCCUCGCUCCUCGCUCCUCGCUGCAUCCUUGUCGCGGUAAUUAUUCACACAUCUAUCCAUUAUCCAGACCCGAGAACCUGGACACCUCCAUGGCGCUAGAGACACCAGGAUUUGAAAAACACGGACAUUAG